AUGCCGUCCGCACCCCUCCCCGGUCAGCUGGCGAACUACAGCAGCCCGCUGUACAUGUACCGCCACCUCAUAAAAAACUCGACGCCCAAGACGCCGCAGCUGUACACGGCCAAGGACAACAGUAAAACAGCGAUGCACCUCCUCACGCGCCGCAUCGCCAACGCGAACUAUACCGUGAACCGGUGGUAUCUGAAGGAGAAGGUCGACUCUAGCAACCGCAUGCGUCUCGAGGGGCUCUACGAGUGCGUGCUCUGCGCCUCUUGCACCGGCUCCUGCCCGCAGUACUGGUGGAACCGUGAGCAUUUCUUGGGUCCUGCCGUGCUGCUCCAGUCGUACCGCUGGCUCGUCGAGCCCCUCGACCGCGACUUUGACGAGCGCGUGCGCAUGUUCGAGACGGGCAACCUGGUGAACAUGUGCCACAAUAUCUUUAACUGCACCAUCACCUGCCCCAAGUUCCUCAACCCUGGUCUGGCGUCGAAGGAAAUCAAACGCCUGUCGUCCCCGUCAACGAAGCGCGUUGGGCCGGCGAUCGAGAUGGACCCGGUUACGACCGGGAAGGCAGCGGGAAAACGCAGUCUCGUGCAACGGCUGUGA